AUGCAGCGUAUACCUUGGUCAACAAUCCUUAAAAGCCAGCCUGCUACAUUGCUGCCAUCAGUUACUAUCGGUGCCCUCAUCUGGUUCUGUACACCAGCAAGCGAUGAGUUGACACCAACAGCCAUUCGGAUUCUUGCUGUGUUUGUGAGCUGCAUCUUUGCCCUCAUCACCACAUCAGUCGACAUCUCGCUCCUUGUGCUAACUGGUCUUGCGCUCCUUUCUUUGACCCAUUCGUUUCAAUGUGAGGACAAGGCCACCGGGCUCCUGACUGAAUGUCGACUCUGCGGAGAACCCAAUCCAUUGACGGGUGAUCCUUACAAGUGUCACGGUGCCAAGGAGUCCUUCCACCAUUCGCUCGAAGGUUUUUCCAGCUCGGUCGUGUGGCUCAUCUUUGCAGCGUUUCAUCUCGGCAAAGCCGUUGAAGUCACGCAGCUGGGACGUCGAGUAUCUCUAUUGAUGAUUAAGAUGUUUGGCAAGCGCAUCAUGGGUCUUGCUUAUGCCAUUGUCUUUUCAGAGCUCCUUCUUGCCCCAUUUGUUCCAUCCAACACAGCUCGUGGCGGUGGCAUUGUCCAUCCUGUCGUGCACGCGAUUGCAACCACGCUGGGCUCCACCCCUACACAUGACCCCAAAGUGGGUGCGUUUUUGAUGUUGGUCGGAAACCAUGCCAACUUGAUUUCGGCAUCCAUGUACCUCACAGGUAUGGCUGCCAACCCAAUUGUUCUAGCCAAAGCCACGCAGCUGUAUGAAGGAGUGAACUUUGACUUUUUGACCUGGCUGACCGGCAGCAUCGUGCCUGCACUGGUAUGUGCACUUGCAUUGCCUGUGAUCCUUCGCUGGUCGUGUGGACUAUCGUCAGAUAGCAAACAACGAGACGAGGAAGAGCAAGGUGGUUCAAACGGAGGUGCCAUUUCAAAUGCAACAACAAAGUUCCCCAAUGACGGCAUUGUCAAGCAUGCUGAAACUGAACUCGAACGCAUGGGAUCUAUGUCUGGCAAAGAAUGGCAACUGUGCCUGGUUCUAUUGCUAUGCCUUUGUCUUUGGGUGACGUCGAGUUACACAAAGUUAGAUGCGACGCUCGUUGCGCUCCUCGGCAUCCUAAUGUUGCUGCAUAUGGGCACGAUGACAUGGAAGGAUAUUUCAAAAAAUACCAAUGCGUGGGAUACACUGUUCUGGCUCGGAGGCUUUGUAACCAUGGCACAUCAAUUGUCCGAUGCUGGUGCAUCUGCGUUUUUGGGCCACAAGAUCUCCAGCUUAAUUGAACAGCUCGGCUUGCCACCAGUACCGUUCUUGGCCGUGUCUUACUUUCUGACGACAUUCAUGUUCUCUUCCCUGAGUGCGCAUAUCGUCGCCUUUGUCGGCACCUUUUUGGAUGCAGGCCAUGCAUUGGGAGCCCAGCCCAUGCUUCUGACCGCACUCUUGGCAUACUUUGGUGCAUUGAGUGGUUGCAUGACAAACUACUCUACAGGCAUGGCUGCAAUGUAUUAUGCCCCGGGUUACGUAUCACGUUCCAAAUGGUUCCUGAUUGGCUUCCAGUUAGCGCUGUUCUAUCUUGUGGUUUACUUUACCAUCGGCAUGGGCUGGUGGCGAUUAUUGGGCUGGUGGUAG